CACAAAUGGCCUCCUUUACCUUCAUGUCUCUGCAACUUCAACAGCAACGAGAGCAACUUAACCCCUUCUCUUUCUCUCUCUCUAGGUACCGUCCCUCGCUCAAAACUUCUAACGUUCACUUUUUUUCUCGUUUUCUCGCUUCCUUACCACUCAAAACUAGCCAUGAACGAAGAUUUCAUCACAAUUUUCUAAUUAAAUCUCUAGCUUCAGUCCCAAAGUUUAGUACUUUAGAGCGUCGAACUUCGGAAAACACUAAAAGCGUCGAACAAGGGAAAGAAAUUAGACAUGGGUAUUCUUCAGCGAAUUCUAUGGAUAAGAGGGUCAGCAAAAAUGCGGUGAAAGAUCAUGUUGAUUCAGCUGUGGAGAAGAAAUCUGAAAAGAGGUUAUCUAGACGUACCAGGGAAACACCAAGUUAUCGAGAAACGAAACGAACGGAUCCUAGGCAUUCCUCUCAGUCCUCUAAGGUUAAGUCUCUGGAAGCUAGUGGUAAUUAUAGAGUUAGUGAGAAAAUAGAGAAGAAAGACAGUGAAAAUCAGGUAGUAAAAGGGAAGAAGAAGAAAUCAAAGAAGGGUAAUGAUUCCCCGGAAGUUAAAUUGAAGGUUGCUUUGGAUCAGUGUUCCAAAACAGGUGAUGUGAUGGAGGCCUUAUCAUUGUAUGAUAAUGCUCAGAGAAAAGGAAUCAAAUUGGGGCAGCACAACUAUACAGUGCUAUUGUAUCUUUGUUCUUCUGCAGCUGUUGGUGUUGUUCAACCAGCUAAAAGUGGAAGUGGAAGUCGGACUUCUGGAAGAUUGGCUUUACCUAAGGAAGUUGUGAAUCCCUUAGAGUUCAGAGAACUAGCAGAUACAAAUGAAAGGGAAUUGAGUGGUAGUAAAUCUAGUAAUACCAUGAUGGACGACCUAGUUUCAGAUAAUGAGCGACUGGUUGACACGGUACAUAGUAAUGAAACAGUCAAUAGGACAGAGUUGAACUCCAAUGUCAACAUGAACAAGUCCUCCAAUGGAUUCCUAAGGCAGAAUACUCAUCCUAGGAAGGAAGGUGAUGAGAUUUCGGUUGAUCAAGAUAUUGAAUACAGCCAAGAGGACCACAAAAUUUUGGUAAGUGAAGAUUUCAAGAAGUAUGCUCUGAAGAGGGGGUUUGAGAUAUAUGAGAAUAUGCGCCAAGAGGGGGUCCCAAUGAAUGAGGCUGCCUUAACAUCUGUGGCUAGAAUAGCCAUGUCAGUGGGUGAUGGUGACAUGGCUUUUGAGAUGGUGAAGCAAAUGAAGAUGUUGGGAAUUAAUCCCCGGUUGCGAUCAUACGAUCCUGCUUUAUUCGCCUUUUGCAAUAAUGGAGAUGUGGAUAAAGCAUUUUCUGUUGAAAAACAAAUGCUGGAAGAUGGUGUCAUUCCCGAGGAGCCCGAGUUAGAGUCACUUUUAAGAGUAAGCAUUUUAGCUGGUAAGACUGACAAGGUCUACUAUGUGUUGCAUAAACUAAGAACUACUGUCAGGGAAGUCUCAAGCUCUACUGCAGAUAUGAUUAUUAGUUGGUUUAAGAGCAAGCAAGCUUCAAAGGUGGGGAAAAGGAAAUGGGAUAAGAGAUUGAUGAAAGAAAUAAUAGCAAAUAAUGGUGGAGGCUGGCAUGGGCAAGGUUGGUUAGGUAAGGGGCAAUGGAAAGUUUUCCAUACAACUAUUGGUACUGAUGGAAUGUGUAAAUGUUGUGGAGUGCAUUUGGCCACCAUUGAUCUAGAUCCUAUUGAAACAGAGAAAUUUGCUGACUCGGUUGCAUCUAUUGCUAUAAUGAGAGAGAGAAAAUCAAACUUUCAGAAAUUUCAAAAAUGGCUUGACUAUUAUGGACCUUUUGAAGCAGUGGUAGAUGCUGCAAAUGUGGGCCUCUUCAGCCAAAGGAGAUUCAUGCCAUCCAAGAUAAAUGUUGUUGUUAAUGGAAUACGUCAUAAGCUGCCUUCCAAGAGAUAUCCGCUUAUUAUUUUGCAUAAUAAGCGUAUUACGGGGCACAAAAUGUAUGAACCAUUCAACAAGGAAUUGAUUGAGAAAUGGAAAAAUGCUGAUGCACUCUAUGCCACACCUACUGGAUCAAAUGAUGACUGGUACUGGUUGUAUGCAGCUAUAAAAUUCAGGUGUUUAAUCGUGACCAAUGAUGAAAUGAGAGAUCAUUUAUUUCAACUUUUGGGAAAUGACAUCUUCCCCAAGUGGAAAGAAAGACAUCAAGUGCAUUUUAGUUUCUCUGAUACUGGUCCAGAGUUUCACCUGCCCCCUCCUUGUUCUGUUGUAAUUCAGGAAUCAGAGGAAGGCCAUUGGCAUAUUCCAGUUAAAUCAGAGGAAGAUUUUAAAUCAGAAAGAAGAUGGCUGUGCAUUACCCGUGGUAAAUCAGAUAAGGCUUCAGAGAAUUGUUCAAAAAGAUCUGAAGGUGUUGAAUGUGUAGAAUCUGCUCCUGAAGCUGCAUCUGCUGAGGAGUUACAUGUAAAUCAUGACAACCACAAAGGAGAAAGAGAGGAACAUCGAAAAAUGUACACAAGUCUUAGAGAUAUAUUUUCAGCAUCAGUGUCAUUGGAGUCAGAUCAUAGGACCCUGUUAACUGAAAUUGAAGAAGCAGAGUUUCUUGGUGGCUGUACCAUUGAUUUUCAAAUAUGAAUUUCAUUUUAUGUUCAGUGCCAUGCAUGAUACUCUAUAAAUUUAACUGCUAGGUAUAAUAAAGUGAAGUUCCAUUUUAGGUUAUAUAUAUCAUAAGGGAUUUGAUAGGACACAAUGUGGUUGUGCAAUCUAAAUAGCAGGUCUCACCUAGUGAGAUAAAAUUUCUUGUUA